UUAGAGACAGAACCAGGGCUGGGCGGCGGCGGAGAAACCGCCCAGACAGCCCGGCCCUUGGAGAAGCCAAGAUGCCGAUUAGGGGCAGGAGCAGAGGGAAAGGCAAGAACAAAGACAAAGACAAGAAGAAGAAGACAACAAAAACGGAGGAAACUGCAGUGGAAAGAGCCAAGGCCAAUGCCUCCCUUUGGGAGGCCAGGCUGGAAAUCACAGAACUCUCUAGGAUUGAGUAUCGUGAUACUUCCCUGAGACUUGCGAAAACUAAUGAGGACUUAAAGAAACAGCAGUAUAAAAUGGAGAAAGACACAAUGUCUGUAUUAAGCUACCUGAAGAAGCAGGACCAGGAGAAAGAUAAUAUGAUUGAAAAACUAAAACAGCAAUUGAAUGAAACAAAGGAAAAAGCCCAAGAGGAGAAGGAGAAAUUGGAACAAAAGUAUACUGUGCAAAUAAAUGAGCUGGAGGGACAGUUCUAUCAGAAAGCCAAAGAAAUUGGCAUGAUUCAGACAGAGCUAAAAACAAUAAAACAAUUCCAAAAACGAAAAAUCCAAGUGGAGAAAGAAUUAGAUGAGCUGAAGGAGAAUUUAAGGAAUUCAGAGCGGAAACAUCAAGAGACUCUUAGAAAAUUGGAAAGCAGGUUUUUUAAAGAAAAGCACCGACUAGAACAGGAAGCUGAAAAGAAGAUAAUAAUGCUGGCAGAGAGAGCCCACCAUGAAGCUGUUGUGCAAUUGAACAGUGCUGGAAGAGCUGUUUUUAAAGAGAAUGUUUAUCUCCAGAAAGCUCUUGACUACCACCUGAAGGAAGCUGAUGCUCUACAAAAAAAAUCUAAGAAGUUGCUAGAGUCUAAAACUUCCCUUUUAUAUCAAAAGGAAAUCGACGAUCUGCUGGUUAAGGAAAAGGUUAUGCAACUUACCCAGCAGAGAUCACAAAUCCAAAGUCUUCAGAAGAAGGUGGUAAGCUUGGAGACUGCCCUGAGUUGUCUGACUAGAGAGUUUGAGACUGAAGUUCUAAAACUGAAGCAACAGGCAAUGGUAAAUAACCAAGGUGAUCUGAUUGAAAUUUACAAGCUGCAGAACCUUCUUCAGAUGAAGGACAAGGAAAUGAAUAGAGUGAAGAAAUUGGCCAAGAACAUACUAGAUGAGAGAACAGAAGUGGAAAGGUUCUUUUUGGAUGCUCUACACCAAGUGAAGCAGCAGAUUGCAUUUAACAGGAUACAUUAUAAGCAGAUGGCACAAGCUGCUUUCAAUUUAAAAAUGCGAGAGGCAUAUGCAGGAAGAACAGAAUAUCCUAAAAUUCGAACAUUUGAUGGCAGAGAGCACAGCACCAAUAGUGUGGAUCAGGAUCUUAUGGAGGCUAGUAAAUGGACAGAUAUUCAAGGAAAUGUGGAUAUUGGAGAUUUGACUUGGGAGCAGAAGGAGAAAGUCUUACGAUUGCUCUUUGCAAAAAUGAAUGGUUUUGGUCCUAGGAAAUACAGUCAGAGGUCUAGAUCUCCAGGUCCAGAAUAUGUUGUUCCAGACAGUGGACAAACAGAGGAAUUUGGGGAUGAAAGUAAGCUUCAAGAUCAAACUUUCAUCACCCAGCAAGUACCAAUCUCAGACUCUUCUCAUGAACUGGUAAUAUCCAAUAUUCAGAAAGGAUCACAGGAGUCUGACAUGGGGACCUACUGACAAGCAGUGAUGAACAAUAUAUGACCUCACAGAGGCUGCUGGCAGACCCUUCCUUGCAGAAUCCUUGUUCCUGAAUAUGUAAAAGUUUCUUAGAGGAAAAGACAUUUAAAAAAAC